CUAGGAGAGGCACACCAAAACCGCACAAGCUAAGAAGAGUUGGUUUUUUUCUGCUUCUUUAAUUAAUCUGAGAGCGCUAAGUAACUCUUGUUCUCUUUUGAGUUUUGUGAUAAUGUCAAACACAAUCGGAAGCCCUCAAUUCCCUGGAAUAAUGAAGCCAGGAGAGUCUCGUCCAGGAGUUCCACUCAUAUCCACUUCCACCCCUCAUCCUGCAAUUAUUCCAGACCUCCCAGCCGAUUGUGCUCCUCCAAUAUGCCCGCUGAACCCAUUCAAUGUGCCUAAUGAUAAUUUGAUCUCUUGCAACAUCAGCCCCAUCCAUGGCGCUCCAGCAAUCAGCUAUGAUGUCGAUUCUCUUUUCAAUGUUCUGUCUGGCAUUGUUAUUAGCACCUCAACCAUUUCUCUUGACCUCCAGCAAGUGACCCUCGAUCUUGGGCAAAACAAGGUUCCUCAAGUUGCUCUCCAGCCAGCUUACAGCCUUCUCAGCGAGAUUGCUUGCAAGAUGACAUGCCACUCGUUCGACGAAUCAAAUGCGCACAAGUCAGUGGUGGGAGUUCUUGAGAAGCUGAGGAGUUACGCAUGGGAUGCUAAAGCAGUGAUAGCACUCUCUGCUUUUGCUUUGAACUAUGUAAAGCCAUUGCGACUGACAGUGGCACAGGAAGCGAGCCAGAAGCAGAACGCGCUUGAGCUGCAUCUGUUCACGCUUGCAAAAGAGGGGAUUCUGCCCGCUCAAUCGGUUUCAAAUGUUACAAGUAAUUUGGUUAAAAUUACACUGCAACUCAUAAAGGGGAUCAUCACAUUGGAGAAGCUCUUUGCAAACAGAUCAUCAUACUCUCUAAAGCAUUUUCCAACUCUCUGCAACGAUCCUCGUGCUCUUUACGCUUAUUGGGCAAUUUUCUCCCUUUUUGCUUGUGCUAAUCUAACGGGGAGCGAGCAGAUCGAGUAUUCUUGGGUUCUUCAGAAACUCAAUGAUAUUCUGGCUCAAUUGAAAAGUUAUUUGCAGGAAAUCAGAAUCCAACAAGGGAAAUUGCAAGAUCUAAUUUGGCGUAUAGAGGUCUUACAAAAUCCUUCAUCAGUAGGAAUUUGGCAACUCCUCAAAGCUCUAAUCUAUCCCAAGAAUGUUGAUAAUCCUGGUAAUACAAUUGCCAAAAAUGCUACCAAUGAACUGCUUACCCUGGAUGAACUAAUAGCAACAGAGAACUUGUUUUUAUUCAUUUCUGGUCUUGAGAUUGACCAUGAGAUAACGUCUCUAACAUCGAUUCACGGAUACAAGAAGGGUAAGAUUGUGUGGGUGCCUAUUGUGAAAGAUUGGACCCUUGAAAUCAGGGAAAGGUUUAAGAAUUUGAAGUCUACGAUGCCAUCAUGGUAUGUGGUGGAAUAUUACUUACCCAUAGAAGGUUACGAAGCAUUGCAACAAGUGUGGAAUUACCGAGGUAAACCUAUUGUGGUGGUGCUUGAUGCUUGUGCAAAUAUUUUGAACCAAAAUGCACUGGACGCGAUCACUCUGUGGGGCACACAAGCCUUCCCGUUCAAUCCUGCUACCAUCUCAACUGUUGUUUCUCAACCAUGGAAUUGGUUUUGGUCCGCAGCAUUUAAAAUUUUUCCUCCUAUUCAAACAUGGGUCACGAGCCAAGAGAAGUACGUCUUUUUCUACGGAGGAACAAGCGAAUGGACUGAAAAGUUUCGUGUUCAUCUUGAUGGUAUAGAAAAGCGCCUGGAAGGAACAAACACAAACAUUGUACAAUGUAACCUUACAACAAUUGAGCAAAACCUUCAAGCCGACUUUUGGCAUAGCAUCAAGUACUCACUCCUCAGCAUCACUCAAAAUGUUGAAACCAUCAACAUGAACUUGGGCAACAUUCAAAUGCUUCUCUCCAUGAAAACUCUGGACUUCGGAUGGGCCAUCGUGACCAACGGCCAGAAUGUAAUCUUAACUGGGUACAAUGAAGUGAUGGUGAAUGUGCUCGAGGGCUUCGAAUUCUGGUGGCAACCCAAUAUAUCGGGGUUUGGCGGCUUUAGCACCGCUAUCUGCAAUUAUUACUAUGUCCAACUCGCCAAGCAAGCGCUUCGGCCUUGUAUGAAGCUCCGAUUGGAUAACAUUCCUUCUAGUGGGCUGAUCCAAUAUACGUGCCCCGAACCGACAUGCCACCGCAAGAUGCAUAUCGAAACUGUGACCUUCAAGUGCUGCCAUGGGAAUAUAGGUACUGAGGAUGUUGAUAAUGCUUUUUCGUUUGAAAAUGGUAAAGGACCAGCAAUGAUACCCCCAUCCGCCUUCAAACCGCUUGGUCCUGUGAUCGAGUAUCUUUAACCAUAACUUCAUUAAGUUUAAAAUUCAGCUGGCUUUGCUUUCAUUUAGCAUUGAAUAAAAUAGAUUAUAUAUCUAUCAUCAUCAAUUAUACAUGCUUUUGAGAUUUAAAGUUUAUGUAAGUCUAUGUUAGCUAGUGACACACUAUGCCUUGUGCCUUAGCUUGUUGCGUACCACACUAUUUGUAUUCUCUUGUCUCUGAAAUUUGGAUUCAGUCAAAUAAAAUAAAGCCGUUGGGCUUGUUCACAGUUAAA